CCCGAGUUAGGUCCCGUAUUUUCUACGCGCGCCUUUCUUCAAUAUAUAUCUUUCGGCCUGAGACUGUUAGAGAAUUUGAAACCCAAAACCCAGAAACCAACAAUGGGUUCCCCUCCUCAUCUGAAGCUCAUUUUAAUGUCUGCCUUAAUUCUUCUGCUCUUCCCUUCGUCUUCAUCAUUCUCUGAACCAACCACCACCGACCGUUCUUUAGUUGUUGCGCCAUCCUCUGUCCUUCAAUUAUCUCGUGGGUUACCGGUGCAAAAUACUCCUGGAAAGCCUGGAAAAACUGUGGUUUGUGAAAGAAUUCAUAUUCGUGGAUUGUCAAGGGUUAAACAUUUAAAGAAGUUUGCACACUCUGUGACAGUUAAGGUAUCAGUACGAAAUUCAACUGUCCAUGCCCCCAAUGCAGAGGUUUGUUUCCACAGGAAUAUAUCUCUGGCAAUAGGAAUGUGCCCUGAAGGCCACUGGGAGAAAGUUUCUAAGGGUUCCUGGGCCCGACCCAUGUCACCAUUUGACCAUAAACUUCUAGAUAUACGGACAGCUAGCUCAUCUCUGGAAAGUUUUGAGGUAUCCAUUGAAGAAGAGUUUUAUCUCCAUCGUAUAAUAUUUCUGGUAUUUGGAAUAUUAAUGAUGAGUGUGGCUUCCUUUCUGAGCACGUCAUUAGUAUUUUACUAUGGCAGCGCAAUGGCAGUUGGAGUCAUUCUUGUAAUAUUGGUGUUUCUUUUCCAGGGCAUGAAGCUAGUUCCGUUUGGUGGAAAGAAAUUUGCAAUAUUUUUUCCCUCAUCUAUUGCUGGUCUUGCAUAUUUUCUCAAGCUCUUUGUACCUGGAGCUUUGCGCUCAGCUCUGGAGCUGAUUGGGAUCGAUCAAGAAUUGUAUGAUCCUCUGGUAAAAUUUCUCCUGGCUUUUGUUAUUCUUGCUGGAGCAUGGAUGGGCUUUUGGGUGGUUCGCAAACUUGUCCUAACAGAAGAUGGAUCUGUUGAUAUGAGUACAGCAAUAUUGGUCGCAUGGUCCAUCCGAAUCUUAGCUGCUCUUAUGAUCCUUCAGAGUUCUGCAGAUCCCUUACUAGCAACAGUAGCUCUAGUAUCUGGAAUAGUGGUCUCUUCCAUGUUAAGGAGAAUUUUUCGAUGGCGAUUCAUUCGUCGUGUUUGCCGAAAAUUACUGAAAGCAGCUAAAAAGAGCCACAGUAUUUCACCCGUGCCUGAUUACACAGAAUCUGAAGAUUCUCUCGAUGACUACACGUACACAAUUCAUAACAAUGAUGAUUCAAACUUACUUAGGCGUUCAUCCAGAAAGUUUGCGAUGGCAUCAUCAAUCAGUCCUGGCCAAGGGUUUGGCAGGAGAACUCCCAGUAAGCUAUUGGAUACAGAGGUGUACCCUUCUAGCUUCCAUAAUACAAAUGAGAGGAAACAAUUCUCGAAGCAGGGGUGGGAAGAGUUCACCAAAGACUACACAAAAGCAGCUUUGGAAGAACUUGUUUCUUCACCCGGUUUCGGUAAUUGGGUUCACCAAAAUGCAGAUAGAAUCACUGUAACACCCAACAGUGGAAAAUCUGAAGAGAAGCAACGCAGGUCUUACUGGUUUUAGGCAAUAGGCAGUGGCUGUUUUCAGAUACUUUUUUCGGUCAGAAAUGGCGCAUGUGAGAUGAGGAGCACAAGUAAUUAAGAAGAGUUUGAAUGGUGGAUUUCAGUUAGGAUGGAGAAGAAGUAGUAGCUGCAUUUUGUAAUUACAUCAUGAUCUUGAUGGUAUGCAUUGCAUAUGAUUAAGAAUGAUGGCCAUUUAGUCCUUUUCCCCCAAUUUGGCCCAUUUUGAGCAUUAGGAACUUACGGUGUAACUUAUGUUCAGUAGCUUAGGCUGAUCUUUAGACUUGGUCCCAGAAUUCUUUUUCUCUAGUGUUUUGUUUAACUAACCCACUUAAGUAGCCUUUUCCAAUUAUUGUAAUCUUCAUCUAAUAUAUUAUUUGUAUCGAAACUAUAAUUUUUUUUAAAAAAUCGUGAUGUUGUAUUUAUCAUAUAAUCUAGUGCCGAUGUAUGCAAAGUAAAGGAAAUUCAAAUAGCUC